GAAAUUACUUCCGGUAAAAUCUGAAUAUGUUUACUUUCAUUUUCUAAAGCGAAACAUGUUGGAUUUCCCCAUUACAAAGUAUUUUGUCAAUGGCAUGUUGUAAAGAAAACGAAAGAUCACAAUUUGAUGAUAUGGCAGAGGAAAAUGACCCCUUUAAGAAGAAUUCACCUAUUAUAAAGAAAGGAUGGUUUGGGUAUGGUGUGUCAUACAAUAAUCCUGCUUCAUGGACUGAUUGGUAUAAACCUGGUGCAUAUACAUUUCUGAAGAUGAAACUGACUGAAAAAAAUGAAGCAGGAAUACCAAACGAGGAAGAGUUAAACAGGACACUUCCAGUUCAUAAACUUGAUGAAGAAGGAAAAGAAAAACUUAAAAAUCCACCAAAAAAUGACAUUCAAUUCAUGUGGAUUGGUCAUGCUACAUUUUUAGUUCAGUUUGAUGGUUUAACAGUACUGGCAGAUCCAGUUUUUCUUGAUCGCUGUUCACCAGUACAGGUAGUGGGACCUAUCAGAUAUCGACCCACGCCAUGUGAAAUUAAAGAUCUACCCAAAAUUGAUGCUGUAAUUGUAAGUCAUAAUCAUUAUGAUCAUUUGGAACAUGAUGCUGUUGAAAAAUUGAAUAGCAGAUUUAAAGACAUAAAUUGGUAUGUACCAGAAGGAACAGGAUCAUGGUUUCAAGGUUAUAACUGUGUAAAUGUUAAGGAAAUGACUUGGUGGGAAGAAGAUGUUGUCAAGAUUGAAGGCAAAGAAAUGAAAUUUUGUUGUGUACCUGCACAACACUGGAGUCAGAGAACUGCUACAGAUGCAAUGAAGAGUCUAUGGUGUGGCUGGGUUAUAAAAAGUAAAGAUAGUCAUACAUUUUACUACUCAGGAGAUACUGGUUAUUGUCCUGUCUUUAAAACAAUUGGUGAAAAAUAUGGACCUAUAGACUUGUCUGCAAUACCUAUAGGCUGCUAUGCACCAAGAUAUUUUAUGAAGCCACAACAUAUUAAUCCUGAAGAAGCUGUUAAGGUUCAUACCGAAGUUGGAUCUAAAUGCUCUGUUGCUAUUCACUGGGGAACAUUCAAUGGUCUUGGAUCACAUGAGUUUUACCUGGAGCCUAAAACUUUGUUGGAAGAAGCAGUAAGCAAAGCAAUGGAAGGAAAUAAGAACUUUGGAAAAUUCUCUACUGUAGAGCAUGGUGCAAUUAUACCAAUCAAAUCAAAUCAAGAUACCACUAAUGAUAGAAAAGAUGAUGAUGGAGCCAAAUUGUAAAAUUUUUAAUCCAAACAUACUGAUAGUGAUUUCACUAUAUAUAGCUAGACAAAUAUUGUCAAAACUUACAAUCUACUUAUGGUAAAAAUUACCAAAAUUUCAAUAGAAAAUUCAAAUUGUUUUUAAGGAUGUCAGCUUUAUUUUUUAAGUUGAUGUAUUUUCAUAAGUUUUAUUUGUGCAUUCAUAAUGUCUAAUGGUCAUUAUGUUAUGUUAUUUUUCCAUUAGCUUUUAAAUUGAAGCAAUAUUUUUUUUUUUAAUUGGGAGAAUGUCAACUUUUGACUUUUAUUUUUGAAGCAGAAUGGUUAUUCCCAACCCCCUUUAGUAACAUAUAAUAUUGUUGAAGAGGGUGGUAAAAUUCCCCCUCUUAGUUUUAGUUUAAUUGCACUUUUCAAAAGAUUGUGCAGAAUUUAUCUUUGUUACAAAUUAUGAAAUACAUGUACUUGAGUCUUGGCAUGAGUAAAGUUUUAUCCUGUCCAGUACUUUUGACAAAAUUUCAAUAACAUUUCAUUGAACGGAAAAAACGUGAAAUUAGACAUAAUUUCACGUUGAAAGUGAAAUGAUUUCUGUCAUGAACGUUGCAAGAAAAAUAAAGACUUUGAUGUGAACCUUUUGUGACUUAUUCACUGUCUUCUUGUAUAUAUAAACUCUCCGGCUGUCACAAGAUUACUUGAUAUUCCAGAUUUAGCACUUAGUAUACACAUUUAUGAUAUAUAUGGUUUACGGCUUUUAAAAAAGUAUUUCUUGACGAUCCCUGCCAAGUGUUUGAAUUGUAUUUGAAAAAUUCUGAGAACGCAAAAUAAGCAUUUGAAAAUCACGAUGCACGUAAAAUUAAAUAAGCAAAACAGGUUGAACGAGGCACCCGUCUGGCACGACUGAACAUCAAAUAAAAAAGUAAAAACAUGUUGAACGUGAAAUGAAAAAAUGGCAAUCACGUUGCACGAAAAUAACCUUUAACCACCCUCGUUGAAAUAUAGAUUUUUUCUUUCCUCAAUUUGACAGCCAAAUUUGAAAUAAACAUUCAUUUUUGCUAUCCCUUUCAUGAUUUCUUAUAUAAGUAUUGAAUUGUUUAUAAUUAAAAAUAAGAUUUGGACUAAUUACUAACAUAACCUUUCACUACAAACAUUUCAGAUUCUGUAUUAUUUGAUGGAAAGGUUUAUUGAAAUUCCAUGUAUUAAACCUAAGUUUUAAACAUCUUUACAUAAUACAAAAAUGUAUUCACCUUUGUACAAUAUUCUCAUUCAAAAGAUAGAAGAAUUAUUAAGGGACUUUAUGAAUGGUACUGCACUUGUAUCCUGUCCACUGGUCUUCUGUUUCAUUUUUCAUAUCAGAGCAGGUUUCCUUUUAAAACAAAUAUGUUUUUGUUAAUUUGUCGAAAGAUAUCUUUUAGCUUUAAUAAAAUCAGAAAAUUU